AUGUCAUGGCUGAUACUGACCACUAGAGGCUCUCAGGGCUGGGCAAGACUCCUCCUGCUGACCGGACAGUGCCCCAGUAGAACAGACGGACCAACUGACAAGGGGAGGAACUGGGCAUGGAGCCAGCUGUGCUGGCAGGGCGUCCAGCAGCUGUGUCAGGGCAAGAGCCGUUGCCGGGCUGUGAGUGUCACACCGUGGGGAGGGGGUAGGGGCCACCAUGUCAUCCUAUCAGAAGGAACUGGAGAAGUACAGAGACAUAGAUGAAGACGAGAUCCUAAGGACCUUGAGCCCUGAGGAGCUAGAACAGCUGGACUGUGAGCUACAAGAAAUGGAUCCUGAGAACAUGCUGCUGCCAGCUGGACUGAGACAACGUGACCAGACAAAGAAGAGUCCAACAGGGCCACUAGACAGAGACGCCCUAUUGCAGUACCUGGAACAACAGGCACUAGAAGUCAAAGAGCGUGAUGACUUGGUGCCCUUCACUGGCGAGAAGAAGGGAAAACCCUUUAUUCAGCCUAAGAGAGAAAUUCCAGCACAGGAACAGAUCACACUGGAGCCUGAGCUGGAGGAAGCACUGUCCCAUGCUACAGAUGCUGAAAUGUGUGACAUUGCAGCGAUCCUGGGCAUGUACACACUGAUGAGCAACAAGCAAUACUAUGAUGCUAUCUGCAGCGGGGAGAUCUGCAACACCGAAGGCAUUAGCAGUGUAGUGCAGCCUGACAAGUAUAAGCCAGUACCAGAUGAACCCCCAAACCCCACCAACAUUGAGGAGAUGCUAAAGAGGGUGCGGAGCAAUGACAAAGAGCUGGAGGAGGUGAACCUCAAUAACAUCCAGGACAUCCCGAUACCCGUGCUAAGCGACUUGUGUGAAGCAAUGAAGACUAAUACCUAUGUCCGGAGCUUCAGUCUGGUGGCCACAAAGAGUGGUGACCCCAUCGCCAAUGCGGUGGCUGACAUGUUGCGUGAGAACCGCAGUCUCCUGAGCCUAAACAUCGAAUCCAACUUCAUCAGCAGCACAGGGCUCAUGGCUGUGCUGAAGGCAGUUCGAGAAAACGCUACUCUCACUGAGCUCCGUGUGGAUAACCAGGUCAGGGUUCCGUUCCCUUGGCCUCCAUUCAGCUAACACCCAUUGAGUUUCUCCCCGGGAAGCUUAUUGUCUGAGGGAGGUCUCUUCAAGCCUCUGAACUUCCCAGAGGCCCAGGGGCUGGGCUGGUGAACUGCCAUAUAUAUCUGAUGGCUCUCACCCCUCCACCUCCAGCGCCAGUGGCCUGGGGAUGCCGUAGAGAUGGAGAUGGCCACUGUGCUAGAGCAGUGUCCGUCUAUUGUCCGCUUCGGGUACCACUUUACACAACAAGGACCGCGAGCUCGGGCAGCCAACGCCAUGACCCGUAACAAUGAGCUGCGGCGUCAGCAAAAGAAGAGAUAACAUCACCCUUCCUUUUACCACAAGAGAUGAGAGCCUGGGACACGUAGAUCCUCAUCUCUCUCUCCUUCCCUGUAAAUAAAAUCCCUUUUGUUCACGC